ACAGGAUUGGACAGCUGUACAUGAUCAGCAAGCACAGCCAUGAGCAGAGUGACCGAGGGGAGGGGGUGGAAGUGGUGCAGAACGAGCCCUUCGAAGACCCCAACCACGGCAAUGGGCAGCUGACAGAAAAACGUGUCUAUCUCAACAGCAAACUGCCUAGCUGGGCUAGAGCAGUUGUUCCCAAAAUAUUUUAUGUUACGGAGAAGGCCUGGAAUUAUUAUCCUUACACAAUCACAGAAUACACAUGUUCCUUUUUGCCCAAAUUCUCCAUUCAUAUAGAGACAAAGUACGAGGACAACAAAGGAAGCAACGACAGCAUUUUUGACAAGGAAGCGAAGGAUCUGGAGCGCGAGGUUUGCUUCAUCGACAUCGCCAGCGACGAAAUUCCCGAGCGCUACUACAAGGAAUCCGAGGAUCCCAAAUAUUUCAAGUCACAGAAGACUGGGAGAGGCCAGUUGAAAGAAGGCUGGAGAGAGACCCACCAGCCAAUCAUGUGCUCCUACAAACUUGUGACUGUGAAAUUUGAAGUCUGGGGACUUCAGACCAGAGUAGAGCAGUUUGUGCACAAGGUGGUCAGAGACAUCCUGCUGAUCGGGCACCGGCAGGCGUUCGCCUGGGUGGAUGAGUGGUACGAUAUGACUAUGGAUGAUGUUCGAGAAUACGAGAAAAAUAUGCAUGAAAAAACCAACAUUAAAGUUUGCAACCAGCAUUCAUCUGCUGUGGAUGAAAUAGAGAGCCAUGGCAAAGCAAGAACAUGACAAUGGAUGAAGUCCGAGAGUUCGAACGAGCCACUCAGGAAGCCACCAACAAGAAGAUCGGGGUUUUCCCACCGGCAAUAUCUAUCUCUAACAUUUCCAUGCCUUCCUCGACCCGCAGUGCUCCAUCCAGUGCUCCAUCGACUCCUCUCUCCACAGAUGCUCCUGACUUCCUAACAGUUCCUAAAGACCGGCCUCGGAAAAAGUCUGCUCCAGAAACUCUCACCCUUCCAGAUCCAGCCAAGAAAACCUUUUAAAUUAACCCUGCAUGUUUCCUCCUGAUAAGCCAUGUCUGCCACAGCAAGAGUGACAUAACUCAGUUGCUACAAAGGUCUUGGUGGUUUGUUGGUUGGUUUUUUUUGUUGUUGUUUGUUUGUUUUUUCCCUUGCUUAAAAUAAUCUUCCCGGUGUGGAAAGGUGACUUCUUUCCUCAGACUCGAUCCUUAAAACCUUCUGAGAAGUGCAUGCAAGAGAAUGUAGUUUCUAUAUUCCUAAAGUAGUGUUUCAAGCCAUAUGGUGCAUCUUUACUGACAUCCAUGGAAAAGUCUGAGGGGAUGCUCUAAAUGAAAAUCAAUCUUUCUGUAGCAGAGUUCUGCCUGCAAACCCUCAUCUAGGUCACAGCAUUUAUAAUUAGGAGUAGGUAUUUAGUAAAGCUGCCAAGGACUUCUGAGGCAAAUUAGUGCCAACUCGAAUGCAGGGUUAACAGGAAAAAAAAAAAAAACUCCCAUUCUCUUCUUUUAUAGCUGAUUUUAAAAUCCUUCCUACUCUCAGGCUUCUCCUAAGUGUGUUUAGAAACCUUUGACCUGUAACUCAUUGUACUGGAACACCAACAGAUUCACAUUUCUCUCAAUAUGACUCAGGAUUUGGGGCCUAAAAUGCAAACCACAAAUCUUUUCAGUCCUAAAGUAUCACUGUAUCAAAGCCCCACUUGUAAUUAAUUCUAUUGACUUUGAGGCCAUUGAACUAUUUCUAUCUCGCACAGACUUUGUAAGAGAAACCACCUAUUUCUUGUAGAUAAUGUAUUUUCCUAGCUCUGCCCUGUCCCUCUGUGAGCUCAGAGUCCUGCUGGUGUUGUCAAUGGUGUUCUGUGAGUGAGGGUGACAAAAAGCAGCUGAAAUGUGCCAGUUGAGAAG